AUGUCUGCCUGUGCAGCUACCGUCGCCAACACAACAUCAGCAAAUGCAUCACCACCCUUAUCACGGAAUUUAGAAGGUGUACGAUUAAUUUGGUUUGAUCGAACAAUCGAUAGAACUGAUGAUACAAAACGAACGAUAGAAAAGCUACAUAAAGUUAGUGACUAUGUCGCUCUUUUUACCGACUGGGAAGAAUAUAGUCGAGAAAAUGCUGCAUUCGUAGAAAAACAAUUAGAAACAUUUAGUUUCUUUGAUCAACAUCCUGAAAAAUCUAUAAGGAACUUAUCAAAACAAUCAGCUGAAUUCUUAUGGUUUCAAAUUUUUAAAGAUGUUAUUAUGAGAAUGCCACAUGAUAGUCAUGCCAAACGUCAAAUGGUUCAAUUUUGUAAAAAUUAUUACUAUGGUGAUCAUGAACAGCAAUUAUUCAUUGAAGAAUUCGAACAAGACUAUCGGCCUGACAACAGUAUCAAAUGGUAUACAAAAGAAACUUUUCUUUAUAAGCUCGUCAAUAAAGCAUUGAGAACCGAAGAUAUUGAACAUUUGCACAUCUUUCGUUUCUUUAUUUCGGACUUAUCAUUAAGUUUAUCCGCAGAAUAUGAAAAAAUUCGUUCAAAUAAAGAUACUAUUAUACUUUAUCGUGGUCAAAAAAUGGAUCCAAUCGAGUUAUUGUCGCUUCAAGAAAACCACGGAAAUCUAAUAGCGGCAAAUGGUUUUCUUUCUGCCAGCCGUUCUGAACAGCUUGCAAUCGAGUUUGCUAUAAAACCUACUAAACGAUCCAACGUUCUUUCAGUUUUGUACGAGAUAGAAUGUAACGUAAAAUCGACUAUUUUUGCCGAUGUUGCUCAGUUUAGUGACUAUCCAAAAGAAUCAGAAGUAUUAUUUGAUUUUGGAUCAACGUUCAGAUUUAUUUCUGUCACUGAAGAUAAGCAAUCAAAACUGUGGAAAAUUAAAAUGAAUGCAACCGAUGAAGGAGCAGCGGUGAUGAAAGAAUAUAUUGAAUUAUAUCGUAAAGAUGAAAGUGAAAUUAGCAUCGAGAUGAUAUUUGGCAAAUUGUUGUUAGAAAUGGGCAAGUAUGAUCAAUCAAUAAAACAUUUUCAAACUUUGUUAAAUGAUUCUGCACACAAGGAACAUAAAGCAUGGAUUUACAAUCUUAUCGGAGCUGGAUAUCACUGCAAAUAUGAACUAGAGAAAGCAUUCGAAAACUAUCGACAUUGUUUUCUUAUGAUUGCAACUUCUGUACCAUUACCGGUUCAUCAAUCAAUCAGGCCGUUAGCAAAUAUGGGUCUUAUUAAUCAUCAACGAAAAGAUUACAACGGUGCUAUGGACACAUAUUCUAAAGUAUUGGAAAUAGCAGAAAUAUGCUACGGAAAAUAUCAUCUCAAAACUACGAAAAUUCUAACCAAUAUUGGCAGUAUUUAUGUAGAACUUAAACAAUAUGAAAGGGCGUUAAAAACCUAUAAAAAUGUAUUGGAAAUUCAACAAAAGGAUUUAUUAACGAAUCAUAUUGAUAUUGCUAUGACACUGAACAAUAUUGGAGUAGUUUAUCACAAAUUGGGUCAAAAAGAUCGUGCACUUGAAUAUUAUCGAAAAUCAUUGGCAAUGAAACAAAUACUAUUACCACCAGAACACAAGGACAUUCGUCUCACAAAAAAUAAUAUUGAAGAUAUGAACGAACCUCGAUAUCAAUUUGCUUUGCAUUUUGGGUCCGCAGAAGACAAAAUGCCCAGCUCAUAUGAUGCUGAUACCACAAACAAACCAUCAGAAUCCAUCUUACAUGAUAUUGAUACCUAA